GAACGAUGGUGUAUUAAUCGGCAAGAACAGAUCAUACGAACAUCAUGAAUUUUGUUUAUACUACAAUAGUAAAGAACGAAAAAUUUUGGGACUCGCGAAGCGAGUUAAUGAUGAAGUGGACAAAGCUGUAGAAAAACUUAAUGUGCGAAAAGCUUGUAUGCCAUAUCUUCUAUUUAUAUCGGUCCCAUUUACGAUGGCCACUUUCUUCGUCUACAUUCUCAUACCAGAUUUACGGAAUUUGCACGGAAAAUGCUUGUUAUGCUAUUUGGUGAGCUUAGUCAUUUUCCAACCAUUGUUUGGUUGGAUAUAUAUCAAUGACGAUAGAUAUGUGAAGCCCUUGCCGUGUAAAUUAGUUGGAUAUACGACAUAUUUUGCGUCACAAUCGGUAUUUCUGUGGUUGAGUGUAAUCUCUUUUGAUUUAUGGUGGAAUUUUAGUGAAUUCAAAUUGCCCAACAAAAAAACUAGCGGAUUUAUGUUGUCCGAAAAGAAGCGAUUCAUUUUCUACACAAUCUAUGCAUUGGGAUUAUCGUUGCUGAUGACACUUCUCACUUUAACCAUGGACUACAUUCCUGGCAUUCCAAAAACAUUCCAACCAUUGAUGGGAGUACACAUGUGCUUUCUUCAAAAGGAAUGGAAUACAAGACUUUUCUACUUCUACCUUCCACAAUUCAUUCUAUGCUCCGUGAAUAUUCUGUUUUUCGUUCUGACCGCCUUCAAAAUUCGUUUACUUCAAAUCGAUCUGAACAAAGUGAUGGCACAAGGUGAAAACGGUAAACAUCAAUGCAGACUCCAAAGUGAAAAGGAAAAUUUCAACCUAUUCCUACGACUUUUCAUAGUGAUGGGAGUUAUUUGGUUUAUGGAGUCGUUUUCAUUCCUAGUGGAUUCAGAAAGCAUAUAUUUCUUCUUUUUUGAUGUGUGGAACUGUUUGCAAGGUGUUUUGAUAUUUGCAUUUAUGGUUUGUAAACGCCGUAUGUUCCGAUUGAUAAAGAAAAGAUAUCAAGCAAUUAUCAAAAAAUCCACGGCUUCAAGUAUCACGACGAAUUCUUCGUCGGUGACAUAUGCAACAAAUAAUAUUGCAUUGAAUCAAAUGACAGCAAAGCGUGACAAGUACACAGAAAAACUGUGACAGAAUCGAUAACCAUUUGCAUACAUACAAUUGCAUUUGAGUUCGUCUAGUCCUAAUACUUCUAUUAAAAUGAUAAAAACUCUGUUGUGACUAUUUGUUUUUCUUCGAAUAGAUACAUACAUUUUCUGAACAACAUUU